CUCUCCAGACAGAGGCAUCAACAUCUUCCACUGUCUGAUGGAGAUGAACGACCACUCAGUCCAUCAGCAGAUCCAACAGUUCCUGAAGUCAGAGAACAGAUCAGAGAAGACUCUCCUUGAUCCAGUGCUCAGCUCUGGCCUACAUGCUGCAGAUGUCAGAGGAGGUUCUGGAUGAGCUGGACCUGAACAAGUACAAUACGUCAGAGGAGGGACGACAGAGACUGAUCCCAGCUGUGAGGAACUGCAGAAAGGCUCAACUUUCUGGCUGUGGACUCAUAGAGACUCACUGUGAAGUUGUGGCCUCAGCUCUGAAGUCCAACCCGUCACAUCUGACACAUCUGGACCUGAGUAACAACAACCUGCAGGACUUAGUGCAGGUUCUGUGUGUUGGACUGAAGAGUCCUCACUGUCGACUGGAGACUCUGAGACAGUGAAUGAUGUUUGAUUGGAGGAGGAGCAGAGAAGAUGAAAUGAAUUCUAGCAGCAUCACAGAACCACCACACCUGCAGCAGGAAGCACAGCUGUUCCAGAGGAGUGGAGAAGGUCAAAGGUCACUGACAGCUUGGAUCCCUAUGGAGACACUUUGGUCCACACUAAAGCAUGUGUGGAGUCAGUGUCUCUGUUCUCUGCUGGUGACGAAGCCUGAAGUUCACUGGUGUUUAUCAGAGUUUAGACAGGAACGUUUCAGUCAGGAUCAUGUUGUUGGUUCUGUCUCCAUCAAUACGACAUGGAUCAAACCAAUGAAUCACAAUAAAGAUACAAAGAUGUU